AUGCCUCACUCUAUUUCUUGGCCCAUAUGGAAGCCUCCACCAUGGCCAAAACUCAAAGUUAAUUUCGACGGAGCCGUGUUUAGGGAGAAUCAACGCGCCAGGGUGGGAGUCAUUGUCCGUGAUGCAGUGGGCAGGGUGUGUGCAUCUAUGGCAGAGAGCUUUCAUCUUCCAUUCUCUGUUUUUGCAGUAGAGGUGUUAGCAGCAAAAAAAGCCCUUCAGCUCGCCAAAGAUCUCGGGUUCCAUUCAAUCAUCCUGGAGGGUGACUCGAAGAUGGCCAUUGACGGUCUGCUAAGCAAGAAUUCUUCCCUGAACGAGUAUGGUCAUCUGAUGAGUGAAGCUAAAGAGGUGGCAGACCAAAUGGAUUUAGUGGAGUUUCAGUUCGUGCCAAGACAAGCGAACAAAGCAACUCAUAACAUUGCUAGACAUGCGAGACAUGUUAGCGAGUUUACGGUGUGGAUGGAGGAUGUUCCUCCACACCUUGUUUUUGUAAUUCAAGCCAAUUUGGCUAUUCAUCAAUAA